AUGGCAGAAACCAUGCAGGAACGCGGUAAAUCUGCGUCUAACCCAUUAGAGUGCCUUGAAUUUAGCAAUGAUUCAGUGAGCAACAGGAUUCUCCUUAAAAAAGCCCUUCCUGAACUGAUAAACUUGGACACGUCAAUUUCCAUACUAAUUGAGCGAGUUUCCGUUGAAGAAUUUCAUGCGUAUAAAAAAUACGUUAAUUUAAUUCUACAAGAAAAUCCUGCAGAUAACCUGAGUGUAGCUGGAAUUAGCCCGAAUUUGCAGGAAAAAGCAAGGAUUUAUCACAUUUCUAUGAUGAAAAUCCUAAAAUAUGUGAAAAACAGUGAUAAAAUCGAGUUAAGAAGUGAAACCACUGCGGAGGAUGGGUUUGAAAUCGAAAACUGCCCAGAGGAUGACUCUGAUUUGUUGUUUUACCUUAUAAUGGGCAUUUUUGAGGAACAUUUAUUCGGGUUAUAUAAACCAUAUUGCAUACAGUAUGUUAUUUAUGCAAUUGCAAUGACAAAUUACAACAGGAUGAGCUGUUUUUUAUCAUUUUUAUGCAGUUUGCUCCAAGGAAAUGACCAGAGACGCACGAUUUCAGCACUUUUCAUGGCCUCCUUCGUUGGACAUAUUAAAAAACCGUCUCAAGACGCACUGGAAAUCAUCCUGGAGUACGUUAGACUAGCAAAGGAACGUAUUUCCACUGUGAAUGACAAGUUUAGUCGUGUUUUACUGUCAGGUCUAAGGUUUAUUAAUGAAAAUAACCCCAAAAUACCCGAAAUCAGUGAUUUUUUAACGGAAUUUGAAGGAAUUAAUGGGGAGCCUGUUGUAUUCCCGUUUGAUAAAGCACCAAUUGCAGCAUAUCAGGCCAUUAUAGAUGAAAUAACAGACGAAAUAAUGGAAUAA